AUGGACUGCACCUUUUCCUUCAGCUCCGCCACGCUGUGCUCACUGCAGCUGGACGAGGAACAGCUGGAUCAGUGGAAGUACUCUCAGCGCCUAAGGCCAAGACACAGAGAGGGCAACCUAAACCCAGUGGGCCAGGGAUGCCAGAACAGAGCCACUGGAGGUGGCCGCACAGAGCCACUGGAGUGCCGGGACCUGCUGGUCCAGAAUGCACUCUUCACUGGGGACCUGGAGAUGGUUCGAAAGUACUUCACGAAGGGUGCAGCUAUCAAUCUCAUAAUUGAGACCAAGGGUGAUGAGCUGCGCUGGACUAGCAGGAAAUUUGGCUCAGAGCCUGGUCAAGGAGGCGGCUGCAGGUCCAAGCCCGGCUCCUACCUUGAGUCUGGGUACUGUAUCAUGGGCACAGCAGACAAGAAUCAGGAGCCCAUUUGCACACGGAAGGUGAAUGGCCCUGCCCAGGCCUACUGGCAGGCCCUGCUGAGGGGGGAUCAGGGGAUUAUAGCAGAGAUCCUCAGCAACCCCCAGAAUAAUCUGAGUCCCAGCUCUGUGUUUGACAUCAGCAACCUGGAAGAGUGGAAAAACUACCGUUUCAACUUCCGCUGGCUGACCAGUACAGACUGUGUGCGCCUGCUGCUCAGCUUUGGAGCUGACCCUGAAGCUGUUUCUGAGGAUGGUUACAAGCCUCUGCAUCUCUGCAAGAGCCCAGACUCCAUCCAGUGUGUCCAGCAGCUGCUGCAGCAUGGUGCCAGUGUGAACAGCCGGACAGAGGAGGAAGAUGACACAGCACUGCAUGUGGCAGCACGGCAUGGCCUAACAGACCACGUCCAGCUGCUUCUGCGCUAUGGGGCAGAGCUGGAGGCAAAGAAUGAGGAGGGACAGACCCCACUGAAUGCUGCCUGUGCUCAGCCCCACCAACCCCAGGACAUGGAACGCUACUACAGGGUCUGCCAGCUUCUGGUGGAGAGUGGUGCUAACAUCAAUGCUGCAGACAGGGACCGCCAGCACCCGCUUCACUUGGCCUGCAAGAACACCAAUCCUCAAGUAGUGGAAUUACUGCUGGCCCGGGGUGCAAACGUCAACAUCAUGAACUACAGCGGCAACACGGCACUGCACAAUAUCCUGCAAGCCACUGCCUACAAGCUGGAGCACCAGCCAGAGCUUGUGGUCCGAGUCCUGCUCAACUACGGUGCCAUCCGCAUCUGGCCUGGCUCCCUCCUUAAGGUGCUGCGGUACUGCCACACCUGCCCUCGUGUCAUCGAGGCCCUGAUGAACAGCUAUGAGCAUGUGCGUGUCUCUGAGGACUGGGUGGAGGCUGUUCCAGCUGAGGUCGUGCAGAAAUACCCACGUUUUUACCAGUCGCUCUUCUCCCUGGAGCAAAGUCCUCGCUCCUUGCAGCACCUGGCUCGCUGCACGCUCAGGACCUUCCUGGAGGGCCGGUUGCUUCGAGUCCUGUCGCAGCUGCACCUGCCAAGUGCCUUGCACCGGUUCCUGCUGCUCGGCUUUGAGGACGUUCUCUACUAA